CGGCCUGUACCUAUGCAGUUGCAGCGUCACGUAACCAUGGCAGCGGGCUUUAUAGUGACGGAGGCUCCCGGUAAGCUGGGCACCGGGUACACGGUGUUCGCAGGCUCCUCGGAGCGAGACGUGCUCUGCUGCAAGAUGUUCUGGAAGUCCGUGACGCUACAGCCGCCUCUUGAGUCACGGCUGGUGUCAGGGGACAUGGAGCAGAGACUGAAGGCAGCCGGGAGCCCCAAACUGCAGAGGAACGAGAAGGCCGACACGUACCAGCAUCUGCUAGAGGGUAUCAAAACAGAAUGUUGUUUGCUGGAGGCCCAGAAGGAACAGUAUGAGGAGCAGAGGGCGCGUUAUCUGCAGAAGGCAAAACGAAGAGAAGACAUUUUAGAGCUGCUGAAAAAGCAAAGAGAAGAACGUAUCAAGAAAGAAGCAGUUGCUCAGCCAUUCAAACCGAAACAUGCACAGAAAGAAUACAGAGAAGCUCAGUCCGGCUAUGAUACAGAAACUGCAAUGCUGGAACACAUAAGGGACGUUCAGCAGCUGAAAUGACUGCACUAAUCAAUUUGUUCCUAAUAUUAUUAGAAAAUCCCUGGAAAUCAAUCUUUUUAUUAAAAAUAUGGAUUGGAAGAAUGAUCUGAGCGAAUAAAAUGCUAUUUGUAUUUCA